AUGUUUAAAACAACACGAAGAGAAUACAUAAAAAAGAUAAAAUUCCGAACAAAUAAAUUAUGUCCUUCAUUAAAUUACCUUCAAAACGACUUUCUAGACAACUAUCUUGAUGCUGAUCUUCAAAAGUACCUGUUUCCGAUAAAUCUUGUGCAAUUUGUAUUGUUUUCUCCAAAAUAUAAUAUUCGUGAUAAUUUUAUAACUUCAAACAACCGUACCAUUAAUUGCAUUUCACUCUUAAUUUCAUUUUGUUUCAUUCUUUCUUACAUAAUUAUUAUUGCUUUCGAUGAUCCCAUAAAAAAAUUUGAGAAACUUCUUUUAACACUUUUCGUUUUGAAAUAUUUUCUAUAUUGUGUCGGCUGUGGUCUAAAUUCUAUUGUUAAUAUAAUCCAGAGCGAUACACACGUGAUGUUAAUAUUAACAAUCCAAAAAAUUAAAAAGUAUUUCAAAUUAGUUACUAUUGAUAAUAGAAGUAUCAUCAUUAGCUGGGUCCACGUUUUAAUUUUAUGUUCGUUUUAUAUCUUGUAUUACUUGUUUCAUAUAAUUAAAGAAAAGCUUACAUUAACAAUGGUUUUCACUUAUUUGUUGUUGUUGCUCGCGGAUUUAAAUACAGUUUACAUGUUACGAAUGAUAAAGUUAUUGAGAAAUUAUUUAGUCUUAUGGAUUACUGAAAUGAAACAAUUUAAUACUUCGGUUGUGAAUGAAUAUCAUUCAAAUAAACCAACGAGGCUACUGGUAUUUUGGCAAACAAAGGUCAGCGUUUUAAAGCGAAUUCUCGAUGCCACUUAUAUUUGUAAGGAACUUUGCGAAAUUCCGGUAAGACUUAAUUUGUAUAGAAAAUUUUUGGAUAAACAUACAAUUUUACAGAUUUUUUUUCAUAUUUCAGGUGUUGUAUUAUAUUGUUGUUACAUUUAUGCAGUCUCUAGCGAAUGUCCAAGCUUUAAUCGUGCAUUUAUUAAAUUUGUGAAGCUACUACGAUAUUUCCAGUUUUAUUUAAAUAACUUUCAGAUUCCAAACAUGGGAUCGUACACACUUUUUCUAUUUAUGUUUACGUUGAAGAAUAUAACGCUGUUGUUUCUGAUAAGCUUUGAGCGUGAAAAGUAUUUUGUGGCACUGAAAAAUACCGAAGUUGUAUUAUUAAUGACCACUGUGGCUGACGUGAGUCCAGAUGAACGUUUGGCAUAUAAAACUCUUCGACGAUUGAACAGGGCAGCGUACAAAAUGAUGAAUAGCAGUAGCAUGGUCACAGUGGACGCGAAGCUGCCACUGCGUAUUAUUUCCGUUCUUGCAACCUAUGUUAUUGUGCUCUUGCAAUUCGCAUUCCUGUAG